AUGGCCGAUAUACCAACAUUCAACAAUUUGUCUCUCGGACGACAUGGCAAUGUCUUCGUUCUCACCAUGCAGAAACCACCCGAGAACCGACUCAACUCAACAUAUUGUCAAGAAAUGAUCCUAGCAUAUCGCACUAUCGAGAAGACCCUUGGCGCUGAAUCUGCAGGAGCAGUGAUCACGCGAGGAAAUGAUACCAAAUUCUGGUCUACUGGACUUGAAUUAGAGGAAUCAGAUAAGAACCCAUUUGCCAACACUGAUGGCUUCUACCCAAGCUCUAAUGAAUCAAAGCUCAUCCAUACAAUUCUCGACUUCCCAUUCCCAACAAUCGCCCUUCUCACAGGCCAUACCUUCGGCGGUGCCUGUCCACUCGCUCUAGCUCAUGAUUAUCGGAUCAUGAACUCGCGCCGGGGUUUCAUCUCGAUGCCCCCCGUGAAUCUGGGCCUGCACUUUGACGGAAUUGGUGCCUUGCCUCGUCUGAAACUGCGUCCACAGGUGGCACGUAAAAUGCUUCUUGAGGCACACCGAUGGACGGGUAAGGAAGCUUUGGAGGAUGGCAUUGUUGAUGCUGUUGCUGAGCCUGAGGAUAUGCUUGACGUGGCCCUCGAGAUGGGAGCCAAGUGGGCACCUAAGGCUCAAAUGGGAGUAUAUGCUGUGCUUCGUCAGGAGCUUUGGGGUGAUGCGAUCAAGAAGUUUCAGAGGAUUAGUUAUGUUCAUGGUCGUAUGACUUCGGCACCUGCUAAGGUCAAGAUCUGA